GUAAGUUAAAUAUUAAAUAAUAUCAAAGUUGAACAUUUAGGAUUAGUUUGGCAUUCAAUUGUUAUAUUAUACUUAUCUAUGAUUGUUAGGAUCACAAAUUGUGUUCUGUUCUUGAAUGGAGUUUCUUGAUUCCAUUAAUCAUAUGUAUUGUAGUUGAUGAUUUGAAUUUCAAAUAAACAAAUUCAUCAUGUGUGACAUAGAAGAACAAAUAUCUAAACUAAGCCAAGAAGAACGGAUGGUUUCUACAGUUGCAGAAAUUAUUCAGAAAUUAUUGAUUGCACAGAAAGAAAACAGAGAUGUAAAUCUAAACAAGUUAAAAUCUCAAAUAUCAUCAAAAUAUGGAUUGAAAUCAUCUCCUCGGCUUGUUGAUAUUAUAUCUGCUGUUCCAAAUGAUGCCAAAAAAUUAUUGUAUCCAAAAUUGAAGGCUAAACCUGUUCGGACAGCUAGUGGGGUAGCAAUUGUAGCAGUUAUGUGUAAACCUCACCGCUGUCCUCAUAUUAAUAUGACUGGUAAUAUAUGUGUGUAUUGCCCUGGAGGUCCUGAUUCUGAUUUUGAAUAUUCAACACAGUCUUAUACUGGUUAUGAACCUACUUCAAUGAGGGCAAUUCGAGCCCAUUAUAAUCCAUAUGUUCAAACUCGUCAUCGAGUUGAGCAGUUGAAACAAUUGGGGCAUAAUGUUGAUAAAGUAGAAUUUAUAGUUAUGGGCGGUACAUUUAUGAGUUUACCUGAAGAUUACCGUGACUAUUUUAUCAGGAAUUUACAUGAUGCUCUGUCUGGUCAUACAAGUUCUAAUGUUCGAGAAGCCGUAAAAUACUCAGAAAGAAGCAAUGUAAAAUGUAUUGGCAUUACAAUUGAAACUCGACCAGACUAUUGUUUGAAUAGGCAUUUGACUGAUAUGUUAAAUUAUGGUUGUACACGGUUAGAGAUUGGAGUUCAGUCUGUGUAUGAAGAUGUUGCUCGAGAUACUAAUAGAGGUCAUACAGUUAAAGCAGUUUGUGAGACAUUUAAUCUUGCUAAAGAUUGUGGGUUCAAAGUUGUAUCACAUAUGAUGCCUGAUUUACCUAAUGUAGACCUAGAAAGAGAUUUUCAGCAAUUUAAGGAAUUUUUUGAAAAUCCUGCUUUUCGUGUCGAUGGUUUAAAAAUAUACCCUACUCUAGUGAUGAGAGGUACAGGAUUGUAUGAAUUAUGGCGUAGCGGAAGAUAUCGUAGUUAUUCACCAUCUGAAUUAGUUGAUUUGAUUGCACAUAUAUUAAGUCUUAUCCCUCCAUGGACUCGUGUUUAUAGAGUUCAAAGGGAUAUUCCAAUGCCAUUGGUUACUUCUGGUGUUGAGCAUGGAAAUUUACGUGAAUUAGCUUUAGCACGAAUGAAAGAUCUGAACUUGCAAUGUCGUGAUGUUAGAACACGGGAAGUCGGAAUUCAAGAAAUACACAAUAAAGUUCGGCCGUAUGAAAUUGAGUUGAUACGUAGAGAUUAUGUGGCAAAUAAUGGUUGGGAAACAUUUUUGUCGUAUGAGGAUCCAGAGCAAGAUAUUUUAAUUGGCUUAUUAAGAUUACGCAAAUGUACAGAUUCAUUUAGGCCUGAGUUAAAAGGAAAAGUUUCAAUAAUUAGAGAAUUACACGUGUAUGGUAGUGUCGUACCUGUGCGGGCAAGAGAUCCUACUAAAUUCCAACAUCAAGGAUUUGGUAUGUUAUUAAUGGAAGAAGCUGAGAGAAUAGCUAUUGAAGAACACAAAUCCACUAAAAUGGCUGUUAUUUCUGGUGUUGGUACUAGAAACUAUUACAAGAAACUUGGUUAUCAUUUAGAUGGACCUUAUAUGUCAAAAUCGUUAUAGUUUUUAUGUUGAUUACUUAUACAUUUAGUAAGAUAAUUAAUAAUUAAAAUGUAAUGUAUUAAAAAGUGGUAUAACAUUUUCUAAAUGUCAU